AUGUCGACGUACUCAUCAAGCGAAGCGGAUGAUUCGCAACCUCCCAGCCCCGUGUAUUCCCUUGCGCUAUCGUUCUAUGAGAAUAAUGUGCCGAAAUAUGAUGAUUCCGACGGAUAUGAUGGAGAUGAUGAAGACACAGGAAUAAUAAGAGCGUAUGUGAAGAAGAAAGAUAUACCUGAAGCGAAGAUGAAAAAGAAGGUACAGAAGGAUUUACGAAGAAGAAGGGAAUUAGAAGAAGCAUUAGAAUGCCAGUCGAUGUCGAUUGAUACCAUGGUAGAGGAAGGAUCAGCAGAGAAUCAAGAACCGCUGGAUCAAAACUCUCCAAAUCGAGCGAAUAGUGAUCGCACGGAACAGUGUCAGGUGACUCAUGAUGGAGUGGCAGUAAAAGCAGAUCGACGCCGGAGUAGUGUGGUCAAUGGGAUAUUAAUACUUACCUCAUCGCCCGAUGAAGCCAAUCUUAAUAGGACAAUGAUUGAACAAGUGAAUGAUCAGGUACUUCUAGGGCAAAUGAAGAAGGAGCACCAAGACCAAUCUUCAUUACCAGAUUGGAGAAUACCACAAGGAAGCGGUGGCUCUGAAGCCGCUCAAUUUGCCUCGGAAACGGGCGAAUAUGAAAUAGUCUCGAACUCGGCCUCUUCAAGGGAUGGAUUUGAAUACACUCCGAGAUCGGCGCCUAUAGCAAUCCCAAGACCGGCACAUUUUCCAUGGCGAGUUCCUCGAUCAAUUCUACACCAUGGUGAUGUAGAAUCGGUAAGAACAAGGCAUAGAUGGGGCAAAGCCAAGUCACGCACCAAUAGAACAAGUCCGGAGUAA